AUGAACGAGUUUAUUGACUGGUACAGCGACGAGGGGAACUAUAGCAAGCUGCAGGUCAUAGCCUCGUUGCAUGGCCACAAGGAAACCGAUGUCCACAAUGAGCUGGUUACUACUCUUGGCCUGGGUACCAAGUGGAAUACAGAGCAAGCCAAGAGUAAUAUAUACAACACCGAUACGGCGUUUCGCAAAGCCGCGGGACUUUGGCGAGUUGGACUGACAGGCAGAAACGACAAAUCAGCCAAGGUCGAGCAGCUUCUGGUCUGUCCGUACUUCGAUAAACUCAGCCGAGUCGUGCCCGAGAGUGCUGCGAAGAACCCUCCUCCCUUUCGAGAAUCGGGCUGCCGAGGACAGGAUACAAUCCAGGACGACGAUAUUUAUGUGGUCGGCGAGGACGGCGAGGAGGUUAACGACACCCAUUUCACCGUUAUUGAGGACGAGUUGGAAGAGAACACUAGUGACCCAGAGGGACCUGCCGACAAUGGCGAAGGAUGUAAUGUUACGCCUUUACUUGGUUGUAUUUACUGGACCCCGCACUGA